AAGAAAUAUAAUAUCUAUAUAAUAUAUUUUAGAAGAGGGCUGGGACAGAAGAAGUACAGGGAAAUGUCUAUUCCAGAUAACCCUGAAGGAGAGAAAGAAAUUUCUGAAGACACUAUGAAAAUCAGUAGUAGUAGUACUGUAGUACUGAUGGACUUGGAUACAGAAACACCAAUGCAUAUCCCAUUGGCUUCGUGUCCCAGCCCUCAAGAAAGGGGAGUGGGAUUUAUGAAUUCUAUGAAACGGUGUUCCACUUCUUUCCCACCAGAGGGCGGUCCAACAUCACCUAAAAAAGAAAAAAACAGCAAUGAAAGUUGUGAGAUAAAAACUGCUCCAUCAACAAACCCAGAAAGGACAGAAGGCCAGAAGAAUAAAGUUGAAUGGAAUUUCAUCAAUGUAAAUAAUUAUACAGACUGUAUUAAGAUGUCUGAUAAAGAGGUUUUAGAUCAUAUUAAACAGAAUAUUAAGAAAACAUCAAAUUAUCAAAAAAAAAAAUUUAAAAAAUUGUUUUUGCAAAUGCUCAAAAAAGAAAAAAGAAAAAAAAGCCUUUUUAUGGGAAAAAAAUAUAGGCAACGAGCAUUUGCUAUUUUAAAAUUGAAUAAUAAGUCAAAUAAUAAAGAAAAAACAGAAGUAAUACCUCCGUUUUAUCCAAAGAGAAAAAGACAUAGUGAGGACUUCAUUAUUGAAGAAAUUAAAGAAAGGAAUGAUAUUUCUGAAGUUUGGAUAUACACAACGAAUAGUCCUUGUUUAGGUAGAAAACCUAAUCCUCCCUGUAUGUCUAAAUUAAUUAAUUUUGCAAAAAGUCAUCUGAUUAAAAUCUAUAUUGGCUUCUCAAAUUAUUAUAUCUUUAACAAAAACAUGUAUCGUUUUAUUCAAAAUCAGGAAGAUGAUGAAACGAGAAACUGGAAUUCUGACCAUAAAUUUCAGGUUCAGUUCAAUGUAAGAGAAUUCAAAUAUAAUUGUGAAGAAAAUAAGAAAAUAAAAGACAAUAACUUAAUUACAGCAGCCUAUAAUAUUAUAAUGAACAUUCUUUCUAAAUAUUCAGGCUUAGAAAAGACGUAUAAAGAUUGGCAUCAGACAGGAUCAGAAACAUUAGCAGAGCUUGAGUCCACACUGAGAGAAGAGAUGAAGAAAAGGAGAGAGAUGAAAAUAAAAGACAAUUGCCUGACUGCAACCUGUAAAAUUAUAAUGAAUAUACCUUCUAAAUAUUUAGGAUUAGAAAAGAUGUAUAAAGAUUGGCAUCAGACAGGAUCAGAAAUAUUAGCAGAGCUUGAGUCCAAACUGAGAGAAGAGAUGAAGGAAAGGAGAGAGAUGAUGGAGAGCUCUGAUGAAGAGUUCAGCGAGAUUACAGAUGAGUGUAAGAAAUGGUGGACUCUAAGCAUAGAUGAAAAUCUCAACAGACAUGUAGUUCCAUCCAUUUUAGAGAAAAUCCAUGACUUUUGUCCUAAUCUGGAGUUUUUCCAGGUUGAUUUGGAGGAUUGCUUGAAUUUGGCUAAUGAGGAAUAAUUGGAAUACAAUUGGAAUAAA